GGCGUGAAGAAUUUGUCGUCUCUCUUUUGGCUUGUGAAGCAGAGAGGGAAGCGGAGAGAGAGAGAGAGAGAGAGACGUAGAGAGAGUCCCCACAACUGUGUCUCCGCUGCUCGACAAAACUGUCACCGCCAACACUUCAUCUUCCUCUUCUCCCUCCGCUCCUCCUUCCCAACCCCUCAACACCGCUCACCUUCAAGCUUUCAAUCAACCUCUCUCUGUUCUCUUCUUAUUCUCUCUUCUCUUCCCUUUGCAUUUAAUAUUAUUCCAUAAACAGCAUCAACUGCUCCAGAAAUGAAGGAAUAUGUUCUGAUAUGGGGUCUCCUUCUGCUCUUUCGGGUUCUCAUUUAAUGAUUGUGGAAUGUAUGUUCCUUUCCUUUCCCUACGGACUACACUCCUAGAUUACCAUCCUCUGCUCUCCCCUGUUCUGCUCUGUUCUUCUCUUCAAAUAUGGAAAGGCUCCAAGGACCCAUUAAUCCUUCUUUUUAUGGUGCCUGUUCUGACAUGGGUUGCUCCAGACAAGAACUCUCGAGCUUGGAAUUUGAUGAAUUUGACGAAGCGUAUCUGUUUACGUCCAGUUUGGAUGAGAAAAUGCCGUUUCUUCACAUGCUGCAAUGUGUGGAGGAGCCAUUCAAGGAGCCUAGCUUUCAGAACUUGCUGAAGCUGCAGCAGCACUUAAGCAAUGACAAACCAUGGAAACAGGAAGUUAACUCGGCUUCGUGUAGAGUGAGUCCAGAGUGCAACCAAAAUGGAGGGUUAUGCAGGACCCAAAUGGAAAAUGCUCCUCUACCCACUAAGGAAAGAAGGAAACGGAAGAGAUUGAGACCAGCUAAGAACAAGGAAGAAGUGGAGAGCCAGAGAAUGACCCAUAUCGCCGUCGAGCGCAACCGGCGACGCCAAAUGAACGACCAUCUCAACGUUAUCAAGUCCCUCAUACCCACUUCCUACAUACAAAGGGGUGAUCAGGCUUCCAUAAUUGGGGGCACAAUAGACUUCGUGAAGGAAUUGGAGCAGCUACUUGAAUGCUUGGAAGCGCAGAGGAAAGAAAGGAAAGGAGAAGGAGAAGGAGAUGAAGAAGGGUCACCCACAUCCUCCUCGGCCACGGGAAUGGCCUCAAAUGGGAGAAUAGGAGAAGGGGUUUGUGCAGAGGUGAAGUCAGAGGUGGGAGAGAUAGAGGUGACCAUGAUUCAAGCCCAUGUGAACUUGAAGAUAAAAUGUCCCAAAAGGCAAGGCCAAUUGCUGAAAGCCAUUGUUGCAUUGGAAGAUCUUAGGCUCAGUGUUUUGCACCUCAACAUUAGUACUUCACAAGCCACUGCCACCGUGCUUUACUCCUUCAAUCUAAGGAUAGAAGAUGAAUGUAAGCUGGGAUCAGCGGUGCAGAUUGCAGGAGCAGUUCAUGAAAUAUUAAGUUUCAUAAGCGAUGGCAGUCAAGUCAAUGACGUGAAGGGAAAUUUCAGGCAGUAGAGUGGCAGUGGCUGACUAUGGAAGGCUCUUGCCAUGCCUUGCCUUGCCUUCCCAAAAGGAAAACAAAGAAGAGCAAAUAAGGAUGAGUGUGUGGGUGUGUGUGGGCUGUGGGAACCUCGAUUAGUGUUGUUUGGUGUACCGCAGAUGGGUUGGUCAGAGUGGCAGGGAAGAUGAUGUUUACAGGUUUAAAAAAAAAAGUGGCUGUCGUCUCCUCAUUUACGCAAAUCCACAAAUGUUCAACAAAAUAAUUUCAAUGUUAAUACAAUUUUCUUCUUCUUGUU